AUGACAGAAGAUAAGUCGCCUGGAAAAAGCUACGAGUCGCCCAGGAGCCGAGCUGUAGAGACGCGUAGUGCAGACGCGUCUAACGCAAGACGCGACGCGCACCUACCGAAAACGGAAGGGCCUUCACAGUCCCUGUCGACUCACGAACAAAAUGCACGGCUACCCCUUAAUGCCGAUGUGACGAGCGCGUCUCUUAAUUUAACAAGGCAGUCAGUAAUUUCGGAGGAAAGCAAAAGUCAAUCCCUAGAGCCAGGUGAUGCAUGUGACGAGGAAGCUGCCAGUCCUGAUGCCCCUUGCACCAUGCCCUCAAAGCCUGCUGUGGCCGUGGCGCCAGGAAACUCCACAUCUGCCUCUGUGCCUCCUGCUCCAAAGAUCAUACUGAGCCAUGCAGCCAUCAGAUCCACCACCCCACUGGUGGUGGUACCAGCAGCUAAUGGGGCUGCUAGGUCCGGUGUGCAGGGGCUUGGAACACCCAUUCCUGGGGGAGUCUCUGUUACACAGAACCAGACCAGGGGCCCAGCUGCGCUGCGAGGGGCAAUAGUGGCAUUACCGAGGGCAUCUACUCCACACCAGACUGUAACUGUGGCACCCAGCCCUCAGACCACCUCUAUUCAACUACCUGCCAACUUCCACAUUCCACAAGGCAUGGUUUUAAUUCGCAGUGACAGCGGGCAGUUGAUGUUCGUAUCCCAGCAGGCUUUGGCUCAAGCUCAAGCUCAUGGAUUAGUUCCCAAACCGCCUGGUGUCACUACAACUAUAAGACCCCAGCAGGUGUGUGCAAAUGCCCCAGCCACAUCUAUCAUCAGAGUAUCUCUCCCACCUUCGUCUGCGACUGUGGCCACCAUAAUAAAACCUGCUUCCACUGUAGGAACAGCCGUCCUGAAGCCCACUUCCACCACGGUGGCCUCCCUAAUCAAACCUUCCUCCACCAUGGGGAAUACCAUCAUUAAACCAUCUGCAGUAACUACUGUCUUAGGAGCUACUGGCCUUGGGCCAAACUCUGCCACAGGGACCACCAUCAUUAAAGCCACUCAGAAGCUUUCUAGCAGUACCUCCACAGGGGCUAACCAGAGAACCAUCAGUGCUACUUCUGUUACCAGUACAUCAACAGUGAAGUGUGCCGGAAAGUCAUCUCUUUCCCCAUUGGUGAUGCAAACCGUCCAUCCGGUUGGCAGCGGCCCUCGAAAUCUCCCCCCUAAUGUUCCUAUCAAACCAAGCAUGAGCAAACCUUCUGAACCAAUCACUGUUACAGCUGAGACACUGGAAAAUGUGAAGAAAUGCAAGAACUUCCUGGUCACUCUGAUGAAGCUUGCCUCCAGUGGCACUCGCUCUGCGAACAUGGCGCAGAACGUUCGAGCUCUGGUCAAGGACCUGCUGGAUGGCCAAAUGGAUGCAGAAGAGUUCACCCAAAAACUCUACGUGGAACUCAAAUCCUCCCCUCAGCCAUACCUGGUGCCUUUUCUUAAGAGGAGCCUGCCCGCUGUGCGUCAGCUCACGCCCAAUCCUCAGCUCUUCAUUCAGCAGUGUGACCAGCCCAAACCCACCUCUACCUCCACAGCCAGCAGCACCACCCAGAAACUCAGCCUCUCCUCCCCCACCACCUCGCAGCCUCCUCGGGCUGGAACGCAAGCCACCGCCCCACAGCUGGUGAUCCAGAAAACCAAAGGAGUGGUUGUCAGACAGCCCCUGACGACCUCCCCAUGUGUUGUGCUGUCUGCACAGAACCGCACACAGGCAAAGCCGAUGGCCAUUCAAACCAAAGCACAACCAUCAGGGGCUUCGGGAAGGCCCAGCUCCCUCCAGGCAUCUAAAGCCCGCUGCUGUGUACCACCUCCAGCGGUGUACGCAAACGGCUUCAAGGACAGCACCCCAAGCUCCUUCCGGGAUGAUGACGAUAUCAAUGAUGUGGCCUCCAUGGCAGGGGUGAACCUGAACGAGGAAAGUGCUCGUAUUCUGGCCUGCAGCUCUGAGCUGGUGGGUGCGGUGGUUCGCUCUUGCAGGGACGAGCCCUUUCUGCAUGUGGCCGUGCUGCAGCAGGGAGUGACGCGCAUCGGUAGUUCUCUGGGUGUUGAGGUGAAUCCAGAUGUGCUUGGCAUACUCUCUCAUGCCACACAGGAGAGACUCCGCGAUCUGCUGGAAAAGCUCACUGCUAUAGCACAGCAUCGUAAUAUCUCUUAUAGGGAUGACUGGCGACACAGCCAGACCGAUGAUGCACGUUCUCAGAUGAGAUUUUUGGAGCAGCUGGAGAAAAUGGAGAAGAGGAGGAGAGAGGAGGAAGAGAGGGAGACACUGCUGCGCGUUGCUAAGAGCCGUUUCAGCAGUGAAGACCCUGAACAGAUUAGGCUAAAACAGAGAGCAAAAGAGAUACAGCAGCUGGAACUUGCUCAGAUGCAGCACAGAGACGCUAACUUGGCUGCGCUGGCGGCUCUUGGGCCCCGUAAGAGGAAACCUCUGGAGGCCCCUGGGCCUGGGGCAAGCCAGGUGCUGGGUUUAUAUGCACAGAGAACUUGUCACAAAGUUCCAACGCGUGUGACUUUCCGAGAUCUGGUCUUCUGCAUGGAACAGGACCCUACACUUAAACACUCUCUUAUGCUCUAUAAUGCUUUCCUAUGA